AUGGCUCAGUCAGCAGCAGGGUCCUACAGUUCCUACAGUCGAAAGGAAUGCCAAGAAGGAUUUUAUCGUACCAGCUCAGGAAAAUGCUCUCCUUGCAACUGUAACGGCAAUGCAAACAGAUGCCUUGAUGGAUCUGGAAUCUGUGUGGACUGCCAGAGAAACACAACAGGACAGCACUGUGAGCAGUGUCCAGAUGGCUUCAUUGGUGAUGUUGUCAGAGGAGUGCCCACGUUCUGCCAGCCCUGCCCCUGUCCUCUGCCAGAACAUUCCAAUUUUGCAGUCUCCUGUUACAGAAAAAGUGGAAGUGUGCGUUGUGUCUGUAAAGAAAACUAUGCAGGACCCAACUGUGAAAGGUGUGCCCCUGGUUACUAUGGGAACCCUUUGCUAAUUGGAAGCACUUGUAAAAAAUGUGACUGCAAUGGCAACUCGGACCCAAACAUGAUUUUUGAAGACUGUGAUGAAGUGACUGGCCAGUGCCGCAACUGCCUGCACAACACCAGUGGUUUCAAGUGUGAACGAUGCGCUCCGGGUUACUAUGGGGACGCCAGAUUUGCUAAAAACUGUACAGCGUGUAACUGUGGAGGGAGAAUGUGUGACAGCCAGACUGGAGAAUGCCUCGCAGACAGCCCUGAAGCUUCUACUGACACAGACUGCCCAACCAUCAGUGUUGCUGCAGACUCUGAUCUAAACCCCAAAGACAGGAUGAAUGCACCAACUGGAAGUGAAGCAUCCAGCAAAGGCCUAUUGGUACAGAAGGAAACCAUAGAUACCAACAACCGUGCUACUCAGCUUGUGCAGCAGCUCAAUAACAUCAGAGAUAACAUUGAAG